AAGCAUUAAAGAUUAAUGAAAUGCCAGUGCCAGAAAAACUACGUCCAGGAUGCAGAGAAAUAUGGUGAUUACACAUCUUCUCAUAUUUCUUCAAAUCGUUUUCAUCUCACAUCCUCAAGGAGCCCACAAACUGCAGGUUUAGAAGCCAAUUCACCUUCCUCCAAAUCGGCAACAUGCCGGAGCUGAACUGCUCCCUCGCUGCUUCUUUCACAUCUGGUGCCACAGUCUUCAGUGAUGUGGGUUGCCCUGAGGCUGCUGUGGUGUGUGGGAUGAACAUCUCUUGGGUGUUGGCUAACGCUACUGCACAGGAUCUGUAUAACAUGUGCUUGAGCGAGGAGGAGUACCUGUCCAGGAACCUGGGGCCCUCGAGGUCCCCUGUGUUCCUUCCCGUCUGUGUCGCUUACCUCACAAUCUUCCUGGUGGGCGUACUUGGCAAUUCUCUGACCUGCACUGUCAUUUUGCGCAACAGGGUGAUGCAGACACCCACCAACUACUACCUGCUGAGCCUGGCGGCGUCUGACCUGCUGGUGCUGCUGCUGGGCAUGCCAUUAGAGCUCUACGAUAUGUGGCAAAACUACCCCUUCCUGCUCGGGGAGGGGGGUUGCUACUUCAAAACCUUCCUAUUUGAGACCGUCUGCUUUGCCUCCAUCCUUAAUGUCACAGCGCUCAGCGUGGAGCGCUACGUGGCGGUGGUUCACCCCCUCAAGGUCAAACACGUGACCACACAUGCUCACGUCAAGAGGGUCAUCUUCAUGCUGUGGGUGCUGUCCAUGCUGUGUGCUGUGCCGAACACUAGCCUGCAUGGGAUUAUAGUGCUGCCUCCAUGGUUUGGACGACAGUUUCCGCGAUCUGCUAUCUGCCAUAUAACUAAGCCCACCUGGAUGUACAACCUGAUCAUCCUGAUUUCCACGUUGGCCUUCUUCCUGCUUCCCAUGCUGAUAAUUAGCAUUCUCUACCUGAUCAUUGGUUUGUGGCUGCACAGGGAGAGGAUGACGACUUUGGUGACAAGCUUUGGAUCGGAAAGUCUCUCCAGUUCCCACAAGCAGAAACUGAGCAAACGCAACCUGCAAGUCACCAAAAUGCUGUGUGUGCUGGUGGUUGUGUUUGGCCUUUGCUGGGCUCCCUUCCAUGUGGACCGCUUGAUGUGGAGCUACAUUGACUUCUCGUCCGAUCUGCACCUCCAGGUCUUCGAGCUCGUCCAUAUCGUCUCUGGAGUAUGCUUCUACCUGAGCUCUGCCAUCAACCCCAUCAUCUACAACCUCAUGUCCACCAGGUUCAGAGAAAUGUUCAGUCACCAUACUUGUUAUUCUAGCAGCUGGCAAACACGCUCCAGUUUACAGACAACCCAACGCAGCAUCUUGAGCGAGAAAAUGUCCAACAGUAUGAAAUGUACUUAGUCUGGGACAAAGGAAGUCCAAGAACAUUAUAUAUGGAUGGGUGAAAAAUUAAUCUAGGCCUACAGGGAACGAGGGGGGAUUGAAUGGUUUGAUGAGGCUGAAAAAGGUAUGGAUCGUAUCCUUUGACCUACACAGCACACUUGCUAGAUCUCAUUCCAACUAGCAACCACCAUCACUAACAUACCAACUGAGGGAAUAUCUUCUGGUAGAGCUCAGAGACUUAAAGAAUCUCCAUGUAUGCCAAGAUCGUUGAAGCUGAUCUGGAGGCAGGGUUUCUGUUAUCAGGUAAUUAUCCGUUUUGACGAGAAAAGCUGUAGAACUUUAAAUCUCUCCGUGUCCUGUGAAAAUAAUACCCUCAAAGCACAAUUUAAAUUGUACUAAAAUAGGCUCAAAUUAAUUUCCACAUAUCCUGCUAUUUUGAAAAUGAAUCUUCUUAAGCCAAGUCUGUGUUUCAAGACGGGUUGGAUGGGUUGCCGACGCAACUGUCUGUUGCACUGGGAGCAGGGGUGAUCAUUUUAGCCUCUUAAUAGCACCGCUUUAUAAAAGCACCUUAUAAGACACUUUGUUGAUUUUUCAUUUAAUUUGUCACCCAUCUGUACAUAUAAGUAUGCCACGAUAGAUAGACCUUCAUAUGAGAAAGGUCUUCAAAUGGAAUGUCACACAAAGAUGAACAGAUGAACCAUAUGACCAAAGGCUACGUGACAAGCCUCAAGAGAUGCACUUCAGAAAGAAUAAGCACACACUUCAGUAGUUCUUCAGUCUGUAGAGAUGAACUCCGUCUUGCGAGUAGCUGACCGGCAGUUCCGCAGGCCCUCUGUGACGAGGUGUUGGGUAUGAGAGGGACUGCUUUGUCUUUGGUUUUCUGAGUCAUCGACCACUGAAGCUGCCGCUGGAGCUGCCACUCCAAACAAAUGCUGUUUCCUUAAAUUUCAGACUUGAUAACUUGGGUGGCUAUUACAAGCAAAUACACUUAGUAAACUUAGUAAAUAAUAUUCUCACGAGCAGAAGAUCCUCCUAGAUUCAGAUGCACUGAAACUGGUAUCUCUACAGAGUGUAUUUAUCUAACUUCAGCUGUGUUAGCCACACACUGCUAUCAGUCACCCAGAUGGCCCUGACUGAUGGCUGGAAAUUGAAACUCACUCAACAGCUAUCAAGACUAGCAUUAAACAAAGAACAGUUUCAGCAGAAAAACCUAUGAAAAGCAAAUACACGUUAACUUAGUCAACUAUAUUCUCAGUCUAGCAGAAUUUAGAAUCCAAUUAAACUGAAAGUGAAAAAAUGAUGAGAUGGAGAAACACCGACCUCUCUUGACGUCAAUGUUCCGGUGAACAAUGAAAUUAUCAUAUAAAUGAUACAACAGCAUUGUUAUGCAUGGGAAAUAUAACCCAUCGACUGUCUCGAAUGUAAACAGUUCUAUUUGAGUAUGGUGGUGCAGUGGUUAGCACUGAUGCCUCACAGCAAGAAGGUCCAGGAUUAAAAUCCUUUCUGUGUGAUGUUUGCAUAUUGUCCCUGUGCCUGAAUGUGUAUAACUCACAGGUGGAUGAUGAAUGCAUUUAUUGUGUAUAAUAUGAACAAUAACAUUUUCAGGCUGGCUCAUUAUCACGCUUCUACAGCAAAGAAUGGCUCCUGUUUAAAAAAACAUUUGUAGGGGUGAAAAGUGAAGUGAAGCAGCGGAAUGAACAUCAUGUAAUUGUAUUUAUAACCCGUGGUGAAGCUGAGUAAUCAUGUGCCUUACAAGCAUUUCCACACAUAUUUACUUGAUAAUGUACUUACUUAUACAAUGUAUAAUAUUACUAAUACUACAUGUUGUUUAAAGCUUUAGAAAUGGUUACAGCCAGGUUUAAAGGAUCACCUGCAUCUAUUGCUUUCCUGAUAGUGAAACAUGUAAGUGUUAUUGUUGCUUCGUAUGUUGAAUUAAUUGCUUUACAGUUUUGAAAAUUGUAUCAAAAACAACACCUGUAUGUAGGACAUGUAGAUAUUUAUCUAUUUUAUUAAUGCACAGGAGGUUUCUCAGUUUGUACUCUUGAAAUAGGAUAUAUGAUAAAAUAACCUUCUUUUGAACAUCGGUGCUGCUGGUAAUAUGUGCCUUUCUUAAUACAGGUUUAACUCAGAAUCAAUGAUAAUGAUAAUUCUGAGGGUUGAGGGGAAAGAUGAUGUCACUGGGUCAAUAGGAGGACAGAGAUGAGCUGAUGGAUACUGUUGUAAUGACGUGUAAUGAGUGUGCCACACCAACGCUAAUAAACAGAAAUAUACCCGCAACUUCCAUAACAGAAUACACUGUUUACCCACCAGCUCCGCAAAUAGACUUGUUUAUAAGUAAAAGGUAUUCAUUGAAGAGCGCCGUUAUUAUUUUUUGACAAUAUGAAUAUUCUAUGAGCAGAGCGUGGGCACUGUGAAAUGAAAGCACAAAUCUACAAAAAUGAGGAUUAUCAUGGGGUUCAUUUUGACUUCCAUUUACAGACGUGUUGAAGAUGCAUGCAAGAACGUUUUUUGACUUCACAUUUUUAUCUGUUCAAACUAAACCUACAUGGAAAAUUAUAAUUUAUAUGCAUCACCCUGACAUGUCAAAAACAUAACACAACGGUAAACUUAUUAGACCACCUCUGUUAAAGCAGCAGAUGAUAGGGAAUGGAAGGGUUACAGCACUCUUACAAUAUUCUAAUGUCAAAAUGAUAAUUUUAACAAGCACAAGGACAGAAGGUUAUGUAUCAGAGACUAGAAGGAUAUGGAGGAGGAGAAAUGAUUAAUUGCAGAGAGGACAAUGAGAGGUUUUUCAUAAUGAGAUGAGGGUGAGGAUGGGGACUGACAUUAAUAUUCUGAUUGGAGAUCGAAAGACCUUUCUAGCAAGAAUAGCAGUCGAGGAAAAAGACAGCAGACUACAACUAUAUAAAAUAAAAUUGUAGUGGUCCGUGUAUUUCCAUGUUGAUGUUCUCAGUUCCUUGUCCAUUUUUAUCAUAGUAUUAUUUACUGCCCUUUACUUUGAUUAUUAUUUCAAUGAAUUUCAGUCAAUGUUUUACUUACUUAUUUACUAACCAUUAUUAUUAUUUAUUAUUAAUAACAAUCAUAAUGAUACUUUUGUGUUUCCCUUUUAUUUGCCUUGUUUUUUCCCUCACAAAAAAAUACUGAUUUUGGAUUUAUAAAUAAUGCUUACGUUAUGGCUUGUACUUUGUCGUGUUUUAUUUAAAUUGUACGACAAAAUGAGUUUGUAUCUUUAACUAAAGUACAUGUAUCGAGAAGAUAAGUCAAUAAUUAAAAAGUUUUUAAAAAAAAGA